AUGACUUCAACGUGGCUGUGCUCCGCAAAAAACACCUCCUCAAAAAUAGCUUUAUUCACAAUAGCGCUUACGGUGUUGUUAGCCCAGGCUAGCACAGAUGACUCCAUACCAAAUGCAGAUACAUCCGCCACUGUCGGUGCAACAGCAACAACAACACAACAUAGCAAUUCACUGGCCGAUGAAAUAGAACAUGAAGAAUUCAUUGAUACCGAUUCACAGCAACCGCAUUCGCGUAGAAAACGUUUAAUAUGGAUUACAGAUGAUGGACGAUUGGCACUGCCACCAGGUACAGCAUUGACAUUUACACCAACCAUAUCGAUGCCAUUGGUGAGACAUCCUCCGGAGGGUUUCUUUUCAAAUAUGACCAUUAGUUUCCCCGUAACAAUCGAUUUCGAUAAAUUGGGCCUGACCGACAAUCAAAAUCCUUUGGGUGAUUUGCCGCCAAUAUUUGCCCGUUCCUUUGGCCAUUCAGCCGGUGAAAUGUUGGGCGACUAUGUAACCAAGCUGUUGCAUUUCAAACGUAAACGUGACCUAAGCGAACAGAAUAAGGCACCAAUAUCAAGUGGCCAUUUCAAAAUUGAACAGCAGCAAACAAACAAUGAAGACCAUCCAGAAUUUCCACAAUUACCCGAACGUUUUAAGCACAUAUUCCAUGGUGGAGAAAGAGUAAUUUUGUAUGGUGUGGUAGAGGACUUUUUGGCCACAUUCGGUAUGAAUGGUAAAGCAUGCCUGUUACGUACAAUCUGUGAGGUCCACUCGAGAUCAGUGGAUCAUUUUGGUGUAUUCGGUGAAAUGGCGAAAUUAUUUUUAACUGUGACUAGAUCUCCCUUCUCAGAUCUAAUACCAGAAUAUGUUAAGGCACAAGAAAUUGGUGAAGGUCGUGUGUCGCCUGGUGAAUGCUUCCCCUAUUACAAAGAUUGUCCCCGAAGUAUUUUCAAGGCAAUACAAAAUCAUAAAUACAGAGAAUCCCAAAAAGGUGAAUAUCACGAACAAGAAGUCGAAGAAAUAACCAACAAACCCCAACUGCCACAAAAAAUAUCCGCUUCAGAUAUCUUGGAUCAGCAAGUUCAAGAUGAUGAAGAAAAUCCUGAAUAUAAUGAAAUUAAACGGGAUUAUGCGAAAAGGAAAAGGUCCAGUAAUUUAUAUUCCAUGUAA